GAAGAAACCUAAAGUUGGUCAAAUUAUUAACCAAAUGUAGUUUUCCUGACUAAAGUUUACAUAUAAACGUCUUGACGGACCACAUGAGUGGACAAGACCCCGUAAUACACGACGACCACUUAAUGAACCCAGUGUUUCGUGUGCUAUUGACUACGCAUGCGCACUCCGAGCAGAAUAUCGAGCCGCCCUUCCUCCCCGCCAACUUGCACCGCAGGGUCGGGCGGACAUCGACUCACAACAACCCCGACUUCGUUGGCUUUUCUCAUUGAAUACUUUCUGAGCUAAAAUGGAGAGCCCAUAUCGCGCUGAAAACGAUUCACCUCUUCUGCUGCCGUCUCUCCGCCUCUUCAUCCCUCCUCUGCGCCUCGUGUCUGCAGCCAUGUGGCAGGUCGUCCAGAGGGGCAGCGUGCAGGAUUACGGGAUGGUGGAGGAGUUCAUCAGCACAGUUUCAGAAAUCCUACCUGAACUUUUGAACGCAGAUCAGAAAGCUCAACUCCUCCUGGGACUCAGAGCGCGGGUGGUUCUUGAAUUGUGUCGGGCUCAGGAGAUAAGAGACACAGAAACCAUCGAGAUGCACCUGGAGCGGAUCAAGACUCUUAUAUCCACCUGGGCAGCACAGCCGUGUUUUGCAGAAGUGGAGUUCCCAGAAUCAAACUUUGUGGAUCAAGUUGAAUUGCUGUUAAAAGACGCUGAAGAGAAGGAAAAGUUUUUCCAGGAUGUUUUUCCUACGGAUUUCGGGCCUGAUUAUGACAGCGCUCUACAGGUGCUAAUGCUGGAUUUCCUGUCCAGACUGGAGAAGCUUCUUCCUGUACCAGACAUUCAGCAGACUGCAUCGAUGCUCAGUGCCGUCCCAUCUGCCAUGGAGGAGUGUGUGCACUCUGUUCCCGACCUGCAGCACCUGAAGGCUGUGCUCCAGUACCACACAACACUUGGACAUUUCGAUUUAUCCGAUGAAACUCAAACCAUUCCUUCUUCCUUCGGGAAUUGCAUCCUGUCUUCGCUGUCCCUCCCUCAGCUGGAGAAGGUCGUCAUUCAUACAGAUCAGAUCCAGCUGCAGACUCAGUCGGAGCAGAUACCGGGCUGCAUGACGGUCCAGGUGGAGGGCGAGACUGUGACACUGCUGGACUACAUACACAUUGAACAGCAUCCAGCUUUGGUGGAGCCUGAUGCUGAAGACGGACACGAAGUAAACGAAGAGGAUAGUGUCAGCGACGCCCUGAAGCCAGCCUCUUUUCAACCACUGAAACAAAGCAAAAGACUGCAGGUGAAGAGAAAAGCUUUAAAAGAAAAAGACUCCGCUACAGCCAAGAGGCAAAGAAAAAAAUACCCAAAUAAUAAGACGUGUCCUGUGUGCAAUAAGAUUUUCCUGCGGGCCGCAGCCAUGAGGCGACACCUGGAAACUCAUUCUGCCAACCGGGAAUUCAAGUACAAAUGCGCCAACUGUGAUAAACGAUUCAGGGACCAUUACGACAUGAACAGACACAACAUGCGCGUCCAUGAAAAGGAAGAGAUCUGCAACAUCGCUAAGGAGGAGGAGGCAGGAGAUCCCUGCACGUCUGAGAUGUCGGAAAACAAAAACUGCGCUCUGUGUGGGAAGUAUUUCGGCCGUCGGGUGGACAUGGAGCGGCACAUGAGGUCCCACUCAGAGGACCGCCCGUAUAACUGCUGCUUCUGCGAGAAGAAGUUUAAGAAUCCUUACGUUUUAAAGAGACACCAGCAGGAGAUUUGUAAGAGCAGAGAGCUGAAACGGCCGAAGAAGAAAGAGACUCAGCGCCCGAAUCCACAACCGCCAUCUGAAGCGUCGACUGAGGGCAAAGUGUGUCCCAUCUGCAACAGGAUCCUACCGUGCACCGCCGACAUCGCAAAGCAUUUACGAUCCCACUCGGAAGAGCGUCCUUUUAUUUGCAUCACUUGCGAGAAAGGCUUCAAGUACAAGGACACGUUGAAGAAGCAUCAGAUUAUUCAUGGUCACGAGGGGAUCAGAGAGGAGCAGAGCAAGACGGUGGAGCAGAUUCUGGCUGAAGCCGAUGCAGGUAACCUCGAGAAAAAAGAAAAUAAUCCACAUGCAUCUGCAGACACGUCUGAGGAGUGUCUGUCUGCAGAAACAGUGCAGAAAGUCAAGAGAAAAGUGCCUAAAGUGUGUCCGGUCUGCUCUCGGGUGUUCGACAGCGUCAAAACACUAAACCGGCACGUCCAGUGUCACACAGAGGACCGUCCUUAUUACUGCGUCCACUGCAAGAAACGCUUUAAGCACAUGCACGGGCUGAAAAGGCACCAGAUUUAUGCCAUCUGUCAUAAGAAAAUCACCAGAUUCUUGUGGAAAAAGGAGCAGAGAGCGGGGCCGAGCCAGAGCGAAGCGACCAGCGGCGAGCUGCAGCAGGGCUCCAGCCUGAAGAUCCCCGUGUGGUGCUCCAACUGCGGCAAACACUUUGAAUACCCGUCGGCUUUGAAGGAGCACCAGGAGAACGUCUGCAAAGUGGAACUGGGUGAGAUCAUGAAGUGCGGCGAUUGCGGGAAAGAGUUCAAGAGCAUGACGAUGCUCAAAGUGCACCAGAGGAUCCACGACCCGCUCUACUGCAAAGAGUGCGGGAAGAUCCUCGCAAACCAGCCUGCGUUCGAGAGGCACAAGCUCAUGCACAGGCCGAUGCCGUGCACCAUGUGUGAUAAGACUUUUACUAUGCUGAGGCGCUUGAGGGAACACUACGAGAAGCAGCACAAGUUCACCGGACCGUAUCCUUGUGCGCAGUGCGACAAAACCUUCAUCCAGCUCUCCUACCUCGCCAUCCACCAGAGAAUCCACAAAGGAGAGUUCCCGUACAUCUGCAGCAUGUGUCCCGAGAAGUUCAGGUCCUCCAACUGUCUGACGGUCCACCAGAGGAAACACACCGGAGAGAAACCCUUCCUGUGCUGGCAGUGUGGGAAGUGUUACCGCUCUGCCUCGGAGCUCACGGUGCACAUGGGGACGCACUCGGACGAGAGGCCGUGGGCGUGCACGCAGUGCGACAUGGCGUACCGCACCAAGCUGCAGCUGACCAACCACGUUGAGCAAAUCCACAUCGGCGUGCGGUAUCCCUGCAACAGCUGCGGGAAGCAGUUCAUGAAGGAGACGUCCCUGAAGAGGCACGAGCUCAUCCACACAGGCGAGAGGCCGCACCAGUGCACCGUGUGCGGGAAAACCUUCCUGACCGCCAACGAGCUCCGCCUCCAUAACCGCUACCACACCGGGGAGCGGCCGUACAAGUGCGAAGUGUGCGGCAAAGCCUUCAUCCAGUCGGGAUAUCUGAAGUCACACAUGCGCAUCCACACCGGGGAGAAGCCGUUCAAAUGUGACAUCUGUGACAAAGGCUUCAGGCUGUCGUACCACAUGAAGAAACACAGACGGACUCACGCCGGGAAGCCAAAGACCUACAUCUGUGAGGAGUGCGGGCUGGGCUUCCUCAUUAAGAAAUCCCUGUGGGAACACUCGCUCACCCACAAUGUCAAAGUGGAACCUUCGUUCACUGAUGAAGUGAGGAUAGAAUUUCAGUAGAAAUCCUGUAGUUAAAUGCAGCUUUUGUUCAUUUAUAUUGAGGAUAAAUUCUGAGCUGGAAUCAUCAAAUCAUCAAAAACACUUUGUUAUGAAUUUGCUUUUUCUUAUUUAGUUUUGACAGCUUUGUAAGUUGGUUCUUUUUUUUUUCCCCUCCUGGUUAUCAAAUAUAAAGCUAAUCGAUGAUCUACAAGGCAUGUAAAUAAUAAAAGCCAAUGAUUUAUUUCUGCUCACGUGGCUUUUUGGAAUAAAUCUAUCAUGAAUGUAAA